UCCAACAAGGCAGUUAAAUGUUUAGAAGGUUAGGAUAAUAGUGUUCUGAAAUUAAUUAGUAUUAAUAAACUGAACUCAACUGGUAGAUUACAACUACUUGCUUCGAGUCCAACGCAGUCGAAUGACGCGAAAAAUGGGUGGGUUUCUAGUGGUUGAAAUAUCUCCAAUGUAACAUCCUGUUGGCACUGUAUGGUUAGUUCCAUCAGCAGGUGGGAGUCCCAUAACACGCCUGAAGAGAGAAAAGAUUUCAACGGGGCUUCUCUCUGCAAGUGAAAAGAACAGUGAAACUCGACCAGCAGAUAUACCUUAUGCACGCUCAAGUGUGUAUUGCAUCUGCUUCGCUGAGUCGGAGAAAGACCUAUAGCUGCGGGGAUAUAAUAUCAGUGCAGCACCAGCCGAUACAUAGGAAGAAAAAAGGAGGCGGGAACAUCCAUCAAGGAGAGAGACGGACAUAUUGCUGGUUUUUACGAUCUCUUCGCCGGGAGAGAAAUUUUUUUUUUAAAGAAGAAGAAGACAAUAUUACACACUGAAUGGCCUAUAAGCGUUGCUGCGGUUAUCUCCCGGAGUCUUGGGUAUAUAAAGACAUUUCGGUGCUCACCAUUUCAGCGCAGUCUUUUCUUCGACUUCGCCUCAGCACCCAGCAACAACGUCCUCAACCAUGAACGUCUUCUCUUUGGCUGGUUUGGUCCUUGUGGGACUAUUGGUCAAUUCGUCGGCGGAUGAGGUACCUUUCGACAAAUUACGAGGAUUUUUCCAAUACGCCAAUUUCCCAGCGGAAGGUGAAUACGAUUUUGGAUUCAAUCGCGGCAAUGCCGACCAUCACGUUUCGCGUCAUGAGCAGUACAAAAACGACAACUUCCGCACCAAGGUCAAAUGGGCUGAUACUUAUGAUGGACAUGGCGAACAUGCCUUGGAUUACAACCAUGGACAAAACUAUAAAGGCGAUUAUACAUCGGAUUACAAGCCCGAUUUUAAGCCAGACUACGAGGCGAACUUCAAACCUGAUUUUAAACUUGAUUUUAAGCCCGAUUUUAAGCCUGAUUUCGAGCCUGAUUUCCUGCCUCCGUUUAAGCCUGCUUUCAAUUUAGAGUACAAGCCGGAGUACAAACCACAGUAUCAACCAGAAUACAAGCCCGACUACAAGCCCGACUACAAGCCGGAGUAUAAGCCGGAGUACAAGCCGGAGUACGAACCAGAAUACAAGCCGGAGUACAAGCCCGACUACAAACCGGAGUAUAAGCCGGAGUACAAACCGGAGUAUAAGCCGGAGUACAAGCCGAACUACAAGCCGGAGUACAAACCGGAGUACGAACCAGAAUACAAGCCGGAGUACAAGCCCGACUAUAAGCCCGACUACAAACCGGAGUACAAGCCUGACUACAAGCCGGAGUACAAGCCUGACUACAAGCCGGAGUACAAACCGGAGUACGAACCAGAAUACAAGCCGGAGUACAAGCCCGACUACAAGCCCGACUACAAGCCUGACUACAAGCCGGAGUACAAGCCGAACUACAAGCCGGAGUACAAACCGGAGUACGAACCAGAAUACAAGCCCGACUACAAGCCGGAGUACAAACCGGAGUAUAAGCCGGAGUACAAGCCGGAGUACGAACCAGAAUACAAGCCGGAGUACAAGCCCGACUACAAACCCGACUACAAGCCGGAGUACAAGCCUGAUUUCAAGCUUCCAUUUACGCUUGAUUUCAAUUCAGAGUUCAAUAAACCGGAGUACAAGCCGUAUUACAAGCCGGAUUACCAAAACAAUUAUCAACAGGCUCCAGCGAGUUAUGAUAUUCCCGAGUACAAGCCUGAUGUCUACGAUUCAUAUGCUUAUGACAAUCUCUUCGCAGCAAGCUCUUCGAGAAAUUAAAUUCAUUCAUGCUUUCAGAACCGUCGAAUCAUUUGUGUAAAAAUGUUCUAUCAUUUCUAUGUCGUUCUAUUCACUAGUUGUUGUUUACAAUUGGUCAAAAUAAAUCCAUUUAGUUUUGUCG